UUUGCCACUUUUGUCUUGAGAAAAAAAAGUAGAACACAGAUGAAAAAUAAGUGUAAAGCAAAAAGACUUGACUAAGCGCCGCAAAAUUUUCCGAUUCAGGACACGCAAAAGAAGAGGAAAGACACAUUGAAAACAUUGAGCUACUUUAAUGGCGGUGUCAUCUGAACUCGUGAUGUGUGAUUACAUGACAUGGCGCGCAGUAGCAUGAACACCAGCGUGGAUGGCGUUCCUCACCGAGUCAACAGCCCGCGUUACAGCGGGUCCAUGACUCGGCGAGCCCACUCGUUCAAACGCGGCACCAACAACAAUGAGGUUCAGCUCCAAAUCAACUCCCCCAGAUCCCCUUUGGUUCCUGCUGAAGGGUCUGUUUCGAAAAGGAAUCAUCAUCAUGUUCAUGGGAGCCACAAGGAGAAAAGGAACAAACUUGGGCACUGGGUGUUCUUGCUCUUCUGUGGGGUGUGCUUCUUUCUGGCUCUGCUCAAGAUUUCUACCACUGCCUGGUGGUUCCGAUCACAUCCAUCUAUUCAGGAACUAUCUGACUCCAUUGAUAGUCAAAGUGUAAUGGAUCAAAGCUCCCAUGGUUAUGCAGAUAGGGAGGGAGGCAGUGAGGUUGAACGGACUCUAAAGAUGGUAACUACAGGAGUGAUUGAUAGCCAAGCUGGCAUGGUUGAAGAGUCAGGUAUCUGGUCUAAACCCCACUAUGAGAAUUUCACACAGUGUAUAGACCUGCCAAGAAAUCAUAAAAAGCUAGAUGCAAAGACCAAUGGCUAUAUUCUUGUAAAUGCUAAUGGUGGUCUGAAUCAAAUGAGAUUUGGGAUAUGUGAUAUGGUUGCUGUUGCUAAGAUUAUGAAGGCAACACUUGUUCUUCCUUCUCUCGAUCACACCUCUUACUGGGGUGAUGCAAGUGGCUUCAAGGAUUUGUUUGACUGGAAACAUUUUAUUGGGAUGCUGAAGGAUGAUAUCCACAUAGUUGAGACAUUACCACCUGCCUAUGCUGAAAUUGAACCUUUCUCAAAACCUCCAAUAUCUUGGUCUAAGGCCAGUUAUUACAAGACUGAGGUUCUUCCCCUCCUAAAGCACCACAAAGUGAUCUAUUUCACCCAUACUGAUUCCAGACUUGCUAAUAAUGGAAUUUCAAGUUCCAUACAAAAACUAAGAUGUCGUGUAAAUUAUAGAGCAUUGAAAUAUUCAGCUCCAAUUGAAGAAUUUGGAAACAAAUUAGUAUCUAGAAUGCGACAGAAUGAAAAUCCUUAUCUUGCACUUCAUUUGAGGUAUGAGAAGGAUAUGCUUGCAUUUACUGGCUGCAGCCACAAUUUGACUGCAGAAGAAGAUGAAGAACUACGAAACAUGCGGUAUGAAGUUGGCCACUGGAAGGAGAAAGAGAUUAAUGGGACUGAGAGGAGAUUGAUGGGAGGUUGUCCAUUAACUCCUAGGGAAACUGCCCUAUUGCUUAACGCACUUGGUUUUCCAUCACAAACCAGGAUUUAUCUGGUAGCUGGAGAAGCAUAUGGAAGAGGAAGUAUGAAAUAUCUUGAGGAUCAUUUCCCCAACAUUUUCUCUCAUUCCUCUCUGUCUUCCAAAGAAGAGUUGGAUCCUUUCAAGAAUCACCAGAACAUGUUAGCCGGUAUAGACUAUAUUGUUGCACUUCAGAGUGAUAUAUUUCUCUAUACUUAUGAUGGAAACAUGGCAAAGGCAGUACAAGGCCAUAGGCGCUUCGAAAACUUCAAAAAGACCAUCAACCCAGACAAGGUAAAUUUUGUUAAACUCGUGGAUAAGUUGGAUGAAGGAAAAGUUUCUUGGGAGAAUUUCAGCUCCAAGGUGAAAAGGCUUCAUGAAGACCGAAUCGGUGCUCCGUAUCCUAGGGAGCGUGGAGAAUUUCCUAAGCUAGAGGAAAGUUUUUAUGCAAAUCCUCUGCCAGGAUGUAUAUGUGAAACAAGAUUAGAGACAUCACAGUAGGUGUGGUCUUUCGUAUGAUGCAAUGAUGAGGGUUGCUGUGCUAUGUUAUUUUCAAUACUUCUGUCUUGAGAAGGUGGGAAUGUGAUUGUUCAAGAGCUCCAUUAUCUGAUAAGGGUCUCGAUGAAUAAAUUUAUCUAAAAGCACUUUGAGGAGAAAAAAUUGAAAGAAAAAAUGAAAUAAUUUUCUCUAUAAAUUAAAAUUAGUUUAAUAAGCUAAUUUUAACUUAUAACAAACUUAUUUCAUAUUUUUUUCUCUUUUCUCUCUUAGAAGUACUUCUGGAUAAAUUUAUCAAUACAGGUCCUAAGUUUUAUAAGUUGGGCUAGAUCAUGGACAUAUGUUUACAUAGGGCACAGGAAAAGGCUAGGAACGGAGCUACUCCGCAGCAUUUCAAAUUAAAGGAUCAAGCAUGCGCAGGCCAAGUAUACCGUAUACCAUUCACUACACACGAUAAACAUUAAACAUCAUACCUUGAGGGGCAAACCUCAUCCUUAACCACUCUUUAUAAUGAAAAGUUUUCUAGUUGUUUCAUUUCUAGAUUUUAAAUUAUUCAAUAUGUUUUCAUGUCAAGAAAAGAUGGUGAGACUGAAUAAGCUGUAUUGUAAUAGUUCAUUACUCAAUAAUACAAAAAAGUUUGGUUCUUGUGCA